GUAGACUUUUCUACUCCCCCUAUAACAUUAUAUCUGGAACAUACGCAAUACGAUGAUCCAGAAGAAGCGUUAGUCCAGUAUAUAGGGAAGCGCGAAUUAUUCGCAGCUGUACGAGCUAGUAUGCUUUAUCUCUCUGAUGCUCAAUUACUCGAUCAAAUCUCUCAACGAUUAACUGCCGAAGAAUUCGAUACUUUGAUGUUAACCACGCCUGGUAAAACAUACAGAGAUCAAGCAGAGCAUAUCGCUUUCAAUCUCACUUUCACUCCUGGUCCUGUAACUUCUCAACUAUCUGUACCAAAACUUCACGAAGUUUUGAAUGCAUUUUUACGUGCAAAACCAUUCUAUACAGAAGUUCGACCUGCUUUCUAUGAAUUCAUCAAUAAAGUUACUGCUUUGGGAAAGCAGAUACAGGCUCUUAAGAAUGAAACGUUCAAUUCUGAACU